GCUCCUCAGACUGAAGCAUAUUUUUUCUUUCACUCUCUUUUACUUCAGCACACAAGCAAAGAAGCUUUCUAGCAUGGUAUCAGCAGGGUUACAGAUGCUGGGCAUAGCCCUGGCUGUCAUUGGCUGGAUCGGGGUAAUUGUGGUUUGUGUUCUCCCUAUGUGGCUUGUCACAGCUUUCAUUGGACAGAAUAUAGUCACAGCGCAAAUUACCUGGGAAGGAAUCUGGAUGAGCUGUGUGGUACAGAGCACUGGACAGAUGCAGUGUAAAGUCUACGACUCCAUGCUGGCCCUCAGCUCAGAUCUACAGGCUGCCCGUGCCUUGUGUAUUAUCUCCAUCCUGGUGGGUGUCGUUGGAAUCCUGUUAGCGGCUGCUGGAGGGAAAUGCACCAACUGCAUUGAAGAUGAGAGAGCCAAGGCCAAAGUUGGCAUUAUUUCAGGAGCUAUCUUCAUCGUCUCUGGAAUUCUGUGUUUGAUUCCAGUCUGCUGGACCGCCAACACAAUUAUAAGGGACUUCUACAACCCUUUAACCGUCAGUGCACAAAAGAAAGAGUUGGGAGCUUCAUUGUUUAUUGGGUGGGCUGCUUCGGCACUGCUGAUUAUUGGUGGUUCACUGCUUUGUGCAAAUUGCCCUCCCCAAGAUCAGUAUACCACAAAGUACACUGCUCGGCCUGGAGGAACCAAAGGUUAUGUGUGAAGAGGAGCCAAGGACCACUGCAAAUAGUGACAUUCAAACUAGAUAAUUUGUGAACAUUGUACCUUGGUUAGCUUUUGACCUGUGGUGUUACAAUUGACCAUGCAUGUGAAAGUUCUAUCACUGACCACAUAGUUGAAUUAGCAUUCAGCUGCCAAGAUAUGACAGAAAUGGUGAAAUACUAAGAAUGUAUCAGGUCACAGUGCUGAACAGAACAAUACUGCCAAAGAAAAUGGAAUGGGAACUGUAAAAAUCUCUUCUUAAUGUUGCUGACUGGCUUCACACACUGAGAAGGUGCUUAAACUGUUAAGGAUUUAUAUAAAAUGUACAUGUAAUCAUAUUGUUUUUUUGUUUUUUUUUUAAUUGUGACAGAUUUCUGUUAUAUGCUACAAAACAUUUCAACUAUGUGCAUUGUAACAAAUAAAUUCUUUACAAACA